AUAUGGGUUCCAAGUUGUAAUCAGUCUUCUCUGUGAUAGAACUUCAAUAUUUGAUUUGCCAUUUGAAUUUUCCUUUAUUGUCACCAUCCUGAAGGUUUCAUCCAAGCAUCAUAAAGGAGGAAGAGAUUCAAAAAUGGACAUCUUGGUGAUGGAAAAUCUUCUCUUUAGGCGUAAUGUUACCAGGCUGUAUGACCUUAAGGGAUCUUCUCGUUCCCGAUAUAAUCCUGACACAAGUGGAAGCAACAAAGUUCUGCUAGAUCAGAAUUUGAUUGAAGCAAUGCCAACUUCUCCAAUUUUUGUUGGAAGUAAGGCAAAGCAACUGCUGGACAGGGCUGUCUGGAAUGAUACUAACUUUCUUGCUUCAGUUGAUGUAAUGGACUACUCAUUGCUCGUUGGUGUGGAUGAGGAAAAGCAUGAGCUGGUGCUCGGAAUCAUUGAUUUCAUGCGGCAGUAUACAUGGGACAAGCAUCUAGAAACUUGGGCGAAGUCGGUGCAGACGGCAGGCAUGUUUGCUGGGGCUAAGAUCACACCCCCAACUGUGAUCUCCCCGCAGCAGUACAAAAAACGGUUCAGGAAAGCGAUGACCGCGUAUUUUGUUAUGGUACCAGAUCAAUGGACGCCCACAACGAUUGCUCCUGAUGGAUCUCUCUCAGAACUUUGUGAAGAAAACACACAGAACGGUACCCCCCUUGAGCAAUAAUGUGAAACCCUUGCCUCCUGCACAUGUCCCAUAUGUUAGUUGAUAGCCAUUUACAUUCAUUUUUUCCUUCAUUUUUCUUGCGUCCAUUUGUAAUAGGUAGAUCAUAUUCAGAUGUCAUGUUCCAUUGACAUAUAUAUAUGCAUAUGUUAAUUCUUUUAGAUCAUAAACAGAUAAAGGCAGGGUACACUCAAUUUUCGUGGUAGAGGUUGCAAAAAUGUCUUCUGCGCUUGCAUGUUUACAAAAGCAGGUGUAUUCGAUAAAUUUUGUAAUAUGAA